GUCAAACGGUCCCGAGUCUUCAGGAGAAAUACCGGCUACCGGUUCUUUCUGCUCUUAGAGACACUAAUCCGUGGAGGGACGACCUUGUCUUAGGGGACUAAACCCCGGGGACACAGGGGACACAGCCUGUCCUUUCCUUUCCUGUCCUGUCCUCCAGCACGGAUGGACGUGUCUCUCUCUGCAGCGCUGCACCGUGUUGGACAGGAAUGAAUGACAAGUGGGACGUGGAUGAAAGCUGAGAGAGGAGGGACGAGGGACAGCAGCCUGAGAGAGGAGACAGCAGCCGGAGACAGAGACAGCGUGGGGGACCAGGCUGACCUAAAUCCCACUGAGCUCAGCGUCUCCGGGACGUGUGGUUCGGCGGAGACACAUCUUUCAUCUUUAUCUGCUGAACUCUGCAUCACAAGACAUGUGAUUCUGCAGAUGAUUAAACAAAGAGAGUCCUCGCAGGGGGGACGGGAGGGGACGGGAGGGGACGCUGAUCAAGACCAGGACCUGAUUAGCUUUGCUGCUGGAGCGUUUGCUGACCUUUAGCUCUGAAUGGGUCUAAGAGGACAGAGGACGCCAAAGGAAUAGAAUUCUUCUGGGUAUUGCACCCCCACCCACUCCCACCCCCGGCCAUUCUCUCUGCCUCUCUGACUGAAAGCCCUGCUCUUUGGAUUUGUCCCCAGCUCUUUGGAUUUGUCCCCAGCUCUUUGGAUUUGUCCCCAGCUCUUGAAGCUUGAGGCCAGAAUCCGUGGUCCAAAAGGACUGAAAGGGUCCGUCCCUUCAGCCGCUCAUCAGCAGUCAGCGCCAUGAACCGUCCAACUGCAGAGAAACCCAAACCCACAUGAGUGUGUUUGUCCGUCAGCAACACCAAUAAUCCUUCCUCCAGAAUGCUUCUGAACUGCGGUCAGCCGUCGCCUCUCCUGCGGCACACGGACGUGCCGCCGCGGGUCAUGGAGAACUUCAUCCUGACCGGCUACCGCUUCCCCAACUACAGCCUGAGGGACUGCCUGCUGUCGGCCUUCCGGCCCACCAACGAGACCGGCAACUUCUGGACGCACUUCCUGCCCGUGUUCAUCUUCUCCUACUACUUUGUGGAGGUGUUCGGGUGGGAGGGCGCCCCUGCGGCCGGAGCCCCGUUCUUCUACCCCCUGUGGACGUACUACCUGGGCGUGUUGUGCCUGCUGAUGGCCAGCAGCAUGGCCCACCUGCUCAACUCCAUGUCCCUGGUGGUCAGGGAGGUCUGCUUCUUUGUGGAUUACGGUACAAUCAGCGCCUACACGGUCGGCUCCUCGCUGGCGUAUUACUACUACAUCCACCCUCGGGCAGGAGUAGGGGAGAAAGUGGACUUGAACGGGCAACCUGAAGGCCUUCCAACAUCACUUGCCAAACUGGACUUGUUCUUUGAGACCUUCUACAUCCCGUGUGCGUGCGUCGUAGCGAUCAUCUGCGUCCUGUCUUGCUGUAACACUCGUCAGAGGUGGCGGGAGCAUCGGUACAUCAUACGCACCCUGGUGUUCCUCCUCCCGUUCCUCGUCUCCUCCACUCCCGUCUUCUACCGCCUCCUCACCGCGUCGCCCUACUCCGACGCGUCCCCGUCCUUCUCCGCCUCCACCGCCAUGCCCGGGUUCUUCCUCCGCCACUGUCUCUGGCUGCUAGUGUCGGCCCUUUUCAACAUCAGCAAGCUCCCCGAGCGGCUGGCGCCGGGUCGCUUCGACAUCUGGGGCCACAGCCACCAGUGGUUCCACUGCUGCACCUUCCUGUCCAUCCUGGACGAGCUGCACAUGAUCAAGGCCGAGGUGAGGGCCGUCCUGCUCAGUCCCGGUCUGGCCCUGGGCCCCGCCGGCCCCUCCGUCCUGCCCGGGCCCACUGUCGCCUCCACCUACGGGGUGAUGCUGCUCCUGCAGACGACCAUCGUCUCCAUCCUGGUGUGUUUCUCGUGGGAAGCCAACUGCAUCUACGGACCAAGACGAGACCAGCUGGAGAGGGAACGCCCCAAACACUUGAAAAGCCGCUAAUCAUUGAACCAUCACAGACCUGGAGGAGGAUUAGCACAUGCACAAAUAUCAAAGGUCUCUCUGGGUCUCACAUGUCUCAAGCUUUCAGAAGAAAACUUGGGACUAGAAAGGAUCGUGUCCUGGGCUGAUCCUGAAAAUCCCCGUUGGGUUUUCUCAUCGCUGCUCCGGCUGUUCCAACAGGAAAUCUGAGGAUGCCAACUACCUCGCCACGCUGAACACCUGAGGCCACAGAAAAGCUGUUUCUACUGUUUCGGAUUCCUGUACCGACAUGUGUGGUAUAAGGACUCACAGGGACCAUAUAUGGAAGUUUCUGAGCAGUUCCUCACCAUAACGUCCUCUUUCCUGUUGCACUUCCUCUUCCUGGAACCUUAAAUCUAAAGUUGUCUGCCAACACUUCAGUGGAAUUCAGUUUUGGAUUGUAAUCUUUGUGAACAAUGCUGAACCAUCUCUCCCGCUACUGCCAGGAGCCUCAUUUCUUCUUCCUCGGGCCCUGCAGCAGGAAGUGGGGUGAGGCAGGGAAGCACUUUGAAGGAAGCCAUGCUCCCCCGAGGCCCAAAAGGAUUAAUGGUAUUUUUUUUUUUUUCAUGUUUUUAUCCUGAUUUUUUCCCCCAUUUCAUCCCCCAGUGCUCCUACCUAAGUGACAGUCCUGGGCAUUGCUCCCUCUACCAACCCUGGGAGUUCCUGCACUGAGCUCAGGUCUCCUCCUUAACCUGAGGAGUGAGCAGCAUCUUUUCACCAGACAGGGUGGGGUUUCUCUGGCCGGACGUAGCGCGUGGAAGGAUCACGUUAUUCCGGCCAGAUCCUCCGCCCAUAUCCAUGUCUCCUCCUCCUUCCAUGGAGCUGCUGUGAUACGUCAACGUUGCCGCCAUAUUGGAUGUUCAAGACUGCGCUGUAAA